UCAAUGUUUGCAAGAAAUAGAGGGUGGAAAAGUGCUUUUUUACUUCUCCAAACAAUUUUGUUGAUAACACCUUCAUGUCGUUUGUUUAUCGAACUGCUCGCAAUUGACGGGAAGUAAAGUGGCACUUAUUGCAAUAACAAUAAACGCUGGGUGGAUACCACAUUCCUCAUUGGAUGAUCAAAAAUGGCAACCAAUGUGAAUUUGGCAAAUAAUGAUGAGGACUCGUUCAUCAUUUUGGGCACAUCACCAGGCACAAGUCUGGACCUGAGGUGCAACGGUGUGGAAAAUGGUAAUGCAUUAGACAAGGAGCAGAUUGAAGAUGCAUUGAAAGAUAUACCCCCUGAAGCGUCUAUGGCUUUCAAGGCAUACUUUCACAUUGGUGAUACUCCAUCUCCAGGCAGUAUGAUGAUCGCCAGCACGAUAGUAACAGACGACAGGAGUACAGAGGAGCUGCAGAAGCGGUUCGGUGAACUUUUAGACGAGAACCUGGUCCUUAAGGAGACCCUCAAGCAGAACAACGAGUCCUUGAAGGAACAGCUUGACUUAAUAUCCUCUUGUCAGGACGAUAUGUUAAACACACACAAGAUACAUAAAGAAAAGUUUGAUGAAACUAAGAACUUAGUGAUAAAGUUACGUGAAGAAAACAAGAUGUUGAAAGCGGACGCGUUGCGCCUGUCCGGGGGCACAGGGGGCGGGGGGUCACAGCCGCGGUCCUUGCGGUCUGAGGGCAGGUCGGGGGCGUCCUCGGGAGUUGAGUUCGUGACGUCACCUGAUGACGACACCAUCGAUAAAUUGACAGCACAACUCGAACUUGUCGAAAAGCAAAGGCGACAGGUUAUAGUUGAAAAUGAAAAAUUGACCUGGCAAAAGGAAUCCUUAGAGCACAUAGUCGACGCUACUUCCAAAGAAAGAGAUGAAAUCAAAGAGAAAUUGGAAAAAAUUGAGUUACAAAUAUCUACCACAGAGAGUGAUCAUGCUGAAGAAGUUAAAAAGUUACACUUCAUCAUACAAGAUCUGCAGAGACAACUCAAAUGUGCUAGUGAAGCCAAAGCAUCUUCAGAGAACAUCACGUCCCGGGAUAAAAUGAUACAACAGUUGGAAGGAAAAAUAUCCAACCUACAGAACGAAUUGAAAGUUGCGCAGAUUAAGAUUUUAGAUCUAGAAAAUAUUAAGUUAGAGUUCACACAACACAAGUCGGGAGUGUCGGAGACUGUCAGGAUUUACAAGGAACAGAUACAAGAACUCUCCACCAGACUAAAAGAAGCACAGACUACUAUGUUCCAGCCGGUACGCCUGUCUGUCAGCUCCGAGUCGGAGAGUUCUCCAGAGUUCGCGAACUUCACGUCCAAUGUGAAGUUGUAUGAUAGAACUCUGAAACAUUUAGCAGACUUCGUAAACGCGCUCACUACUGGGUUGUCAGACAGUCUAGUGCAGACUUUAGGCACAGUGGCGAGCUUGUACGACUACAAGCUGGAGCGAGGUUCCGUCGAUAGGUUCAAGUCCGGUCUCGCCGAGGUCAAACAGCAACUGGAGAGGCAGCAUAGUUACGCCCUUAACAAUAUAGGCAAACUCCGCGGCAUGUUGUCAAUCUUCGAAGGCAUAUUUAAAGACUACAACGAGCUCUUAAAGAAGGCGCUCACCAAGACAGAAAACCAAAGUGUGAGUGUGAAUGACGCUGGCAGCGGCAGUGUGGAGGCUCUGACGUCAGCGCUGGUGGCGCGCGGCCGCGAGCUGCAGCAGCUGCAGACGGACCUGCAGCAGCUGCGCGCAAGACACGACGACGCGGACCUGCUGCGCGCGCAGCUGCUGCAGUACAAGAGUGAUUUCGAGGCGGAGAGAGAAGCUCGUGCGAAGAUGGCGAGUGAAAAGGACGAUAUUGUGACGGACUUGCGCACCGCACAGAAACGCAAUCAGGAAUUGGAAAAGCAGUUAGAAGAAGUACGUAAGCUGAGUCCGGGAAUCUUCCGCACUGUGACCAGCAAGAAGAUCAUUUCAAACUCCAGCCCGACAGCAUCCGGCUCGCCCAGGACCACUACUGACAAUGUGGUUCGCAAAAAGAAGAAGCUAUCUACGGAGGGGGUGGCGGGGGCAGGUCCGGGGGCAGGUUCGGGGGCGGGGGCGAGCAAAGGGGCGGAGACUCCGAACACUCCGCCCCCGCAGCGGUACACUUGCCCCGUCUGUGACCAAACAUUCAAGACUCUCAUAUUCCUGCAGCAACAUGUCGACUCUUGUUUGCUAUGAAGCUAUCAGAGCACUCAUAAUCGUA